AUGGCGGAACGUUCCAUAGCAGAAGAAGGAGGAGGAGGAGGAGGAACAUUCUCGUCAUCGAAAAACGACAAUGUCGUAUUCCUCAACGGCAAUCCCAUUCUCUGUCCCCAUCCCCUUACGGUGGUCCGCUCCCUCACCAGCACCGGCGGUGCCCGUGUUGUGGCGGCGCCUCCGGACCCGAACGAGUUCGACGCAUCCAAAAUGCCGAUGAUCAAGGUGAAGGAGGAGCCUCAGGAAGAAGAAGAAGAAGAAGGAAGCGGCAAAACGGGCUUCGAAGGUUCUCAACCCUUGAGAUCGAAACCAGAACCGGUUUCUGAAGUGAAGCCUCCCGGUUCGUUUAAAGAAGAAGAAGGAACCGGCGAAACGGGCUCCGAAGGUUCUCAACCCUUGAGAUCGAAACCAGAACCGGUUACUGAAGUGAAGCCACCCGGUUCGUUUAAAGAAGAAGAAGGAACCGGCGAAACGGGCUUCGAAGGUUCUCAACCCUUGAGAUCGGAACCGGAAGUGGUUUCUGAAGUGAAGCCACCCUGUUCGUUUGAAGAAUUUUGCAAGAAGAAAGAAGAACCAUUGAAUCAAACGAGUCAAGAAGUUUUUGAUGUUGAUAAGGUUGGUGUUAAUAGAAAUGAAGUGGAGAUGCUUAAGGUGAAUAAUUCUCACAAGUUGUUGGAGAAGAAUGUGGUGAAGAAGAAGCUGUUUGAAGAGAAGGAGAAGAUCUUGAACGUUGAGGAUGGCGAGUUUCCUGAAGAACCCGGGUGGUUGUUGUUGGAAAGGAAGGUUGAGGUUGCGCUCUCGACAGCCAAAGGAGUAAGAAGAUUGGUGGAUAAUGAGAUUGUUCAUUUCAAUUUCCCUCUCUCAAAUUCAUCGUACAAGUCCCAAUGGAUUGUUCGCAUCUCAACCAAGCGUUCCGGAGAGGUUGGGAGGAUGCAAAUGGAAUGGGCAAAAACUGUCACUCCGCUUGUGAAAUCUGGAAAGGUCAAGGUUCGAGGCAGAUGCAUUGCAGCACCGGAUAGCCUGCAAAUGAUGCAAGAAAUCAUGUUGUUUGUGAGCUUUUACAUUCACCACUCUAUAUUCUCGGAGAGUGUUGAUACUUCUUGGAGGCUAGAGGGUUGUGGUAACAUUAACGCUACCAUUUGUCCACUCCUUACACUGUUGAGAAUGCUAGAGAUUGAGCCAUAUCAGAAGGCUGAAUUCACCCCUGAGGAUAUAGAUUCUCGAAAGCGGUUGCUUAAUCCAAAUGUUGAUUCAGUUGAAGCUGCAGCAUUGCCUAUGAUCAAGCGAAGAAAGGGUGGCGAACAGCUGGGAAGCAAACAGCUUCCGGAGCAAAAUGAGGAUGAACAAGCUCUUUCCGAGUCAGCUUUGAAUAAGCUUGUUGGAGCUGCAGAAAUCUAUGACCUGGAGGAGAAGGAAGCUCCAAGCACACUGAUGUGUAAACUAAAACCUUACCAGAACCAAGCUCUCUAUUGGAUGUCGGAAAUUGAGAAUGGAAUUGAUGCAGAGAGUACUGAGAGAAAUUUGCAUCCUUGCUGGUCAGCCUACAAGAUAUGCAAGGGAAGGACAAUUUAUGCGAACAUUUUCACGGGAGAAGCAACAAAGAAUUUUCCAAAAGCAACACAGAUGGCAAGAGGAGGAAUUCUAGCGGAUGCAAUGGGACUUGGAAAGACUGUUAUGACAAUCUCUCUGAUUCUCAGUAACCCAGGCAGGGGGAACUCAGAAAACAGGGAUGUAGAGAGUGCAAAAGAUAAUAUUAUCACAAACAAGAGGAAGAAUGUUGACACAUCAUAUAAAGUAGACGGUGGCACCUUAAUUGUUUGUCCCAUGGCGUUGUUAAGUCAGUGGAAGGAUGAGCUUGAAACCCAUUCAAAACCAGGUACUAUAUCCAUAUUUGUUCAUUAUGGUGGGGGUAGAACCAAUAAUCCCGAGUUGAUCUCAGAGCAUGAUGUUGUCUUAACAACAUAUGGUGUCCUAUCAGCUGCAUACAAAAGUGACGGAGAGAAUAGCAUCUACCACAGGGUCCAAUGGUACAGGGUGGUGCUAGACGAAGCUCAUUUUAUAAAAGCCUAUAGAAGCCAGGUUGCCCAGGCUGCUUUUACUUUAUCCUCACACUGCCGCUGGUGUCUAACUGGAACCCCGCUUCAGAAUAGCUUGGAAGACCUAUUCAGUCUCUUGUGUUUCUUGCGUGUUGAACCUUGGUGUAACUGGCAAUGGUGGAGUAAGUUGAUUCAAAGGCCUUAUGAGAAUGGUGAUCCAAGAGCCCUAAAAUUGGUGAAGGCCAUAUUGAGGACACUGAUGUUAAGAAGAACAAAGGAAACAAAGGACAAAGAAGGAAGGCCCAUACUUGUUCUGCCACCUGCUGAUAUUCAACUGAUUGAGUGUGAACAGUCAGAAUCAGAACGGGACUUCUAUGAUGCCCUCUUCACGAGAUCUAAAGUUCAAUUUGAUCAGUAUGUUGCACAAGGAAACGUUCUUCACCACUAUGCAAAUAUCCUUGACUUACUAAUGCAGCUGAGACGGUGUUGUAACCAUCCAUUUUUGGUUAUGUGCCAAAGUGAUCCACAGCAAUAUGCAGAGUUGAACAAACUAGCAAGUAAAUGCCUUCUAAAUUCUGAAUCUGCUUCGCACUCUAUCCAAUCCCGUGCAUACAUUGAGGAGGUUUUGGAGGAUAUUCAGAAGGGUGAAACAGUAGAAUGCUCUAUAUGUAUGGAAUCACCAGAUGAUCCUGUGUUUACAUCAUGCGCACAUAGGUUUUGUAGAGAAUGCCUAUUCAGUUGCUGGGGGACCUCAUUGGGUGGUAAAUGUCCAAUCUGUCGUCAAUCACUUAAGAAAAGUGAUCUGAUUGCUUGUCCAUCCGAAAGCCCUUUCAAGGUUGAUGUUGAGAACAACUUGACAGAGUCUUCAAAGGUUUCAAAGCUGAUGGAUUACUUACAACACAUUCAGAAUUCAUCCUCUGGGGAAAAGAGUAUUGUCUUCAGUCAGUGGACUUCAUUUUUUGAUCUAGUGGAGAAUCCAUUGCGGAGAAGAGGAAUUGGUUUUUUAAGAUUUGAUGGGAAAUUGUCUCAGAAACAGAGGGAGAAAGUUCUGAAUGAAUUUAAUGAGACAAAAGAAAAAAGGGUUAUGUUGAUGUCACUGAGAGCUGGAGGUGUGGGCUUGAACUUAACUGCAGCCUCACAUGUUUUCAUUAUGGAUCCAUGGUGGAAUCCUGCAGUUGAGGAGCAAGCAAUAAUGAGAAUUCAUCGUAUAGGACAGAAGCGAAGAGUUAUUGUUAAGAGAUUCAUCGUGAAGGGCACAGUGGAAGAUCGAUUGCAACAAGUGCAAGCCAAGAAACAGAGGCUAAUAUCUGGUGCCCUCACUGAUGAUGAGGUUCGGUCUGCUAGGAUUCAAGACCUCAAAAUGCUAUUCACGAGAUAAUUUAUGUUGAAGCUCACGUCUUGUCUAGUCCUUUAGAUCUACA